UCGUUCUCAAACAGUUUAUAAUCGAACACACUUUAUCCAAAAUAAGAUCGUGAUCUGACUGAAAAACGAUAUGAAAUCARUGUUAUGAUCCUCGAACAUGCAAGAAAGUAGCGGUGAUGAACUCUUAAGGAAGUUGUCUACCAUCCUGAGAAAACAUGAAGAUACAAUCUUAAGAGGGGAGAGCAAACUAUGUUUGACAACUACUUCUGUUGUGUACUUGAACAGAUGUUUUGAGCAGUUGCAUUCUGGUAAUAAUGGGCAAACUGAAGCUGGACUUUGCUACAGCAAGAGCAGUUCCCCAUGUGUUGCUUAUUUACAUGAUCUUACAAAAAAGGCUUUAUCUCUUAAACUUAUUCCAGGACCUUCUGCCAGAUUUGAUACCUUGCUAAGCAUUUCCCAUUUCAAGAACGUACAAUACCUUGAGGUCAAGAAGGUUCCACUUGGCUACAUCCUUGGUCUUCAAAGUCUUAGGAAGCAAUUGAAAGGGCUAACAUGCAUGCGUUCGGCAUUUGCACUAAAUGAAAUAUUUAUAUGCUGUGGUGGAGACCUAUCAAGCACAAAUGUGGCAUGGCAACACCUACGAGAAGUGAACCUAAGCUAUAAUAGCAUUGAUCACCUUGAUGACUCUGUGAAAGUUCUACCAGCUAUUGAGGUGUUGAAUUUGAGCCAUAAUAAUAUUGCAUCCCCCGAGGAAGAGGAUUGUUGGCAGUUUCUCACUGGUCUUCAGUAUCUUAACCUUGGUUACAAUCAACUAAACAAAGUUCCCUCUCUUCCUGCUGUCAGCAUUACAAGAUUUCAACUGAAAAUAUUGAUUCUACGAAAUAAUAACAUACAAGACUUGAGAGGAAUCCAGCACUUUGGUUUGCUCGAGACUUUGGAUGUGUCCAAUAACUGCAUUGCUUCCUUCCAAGAACUAUUCCCUUUAGCACAUUUACACAAUCUAUCAGCAUUACAUCUGUCUGGUAACCCCCUGUGUUUUUAUGAUGACUAUAGAGUACAAGCAGUGUCAUGUCUGUCACCAGUUCCUCACCAGGGGGAUAUGUAUUUAGACAAUCAGAAACUCUCUCCUCUGGAAAAAUCAUUUGUAGGUUGCAGUGUUCAACCUGCAUCUUUACUGUCAUAUUUACCGAGUCAACCAUCUGUGUUAUCACCGAGAAACCUGAGAACUGCAGCAGACAGUGAAUCUGUUCCUCGCCCAGAAUCCCCACAGGGUUAUGUAGACCAACCUUUAGUUGUGGCACCGGCUGAGAAGAGGAAAAAGAAAGUUCGUAAGCUUAAAGCAAGACAGAUUUCCAUUAAUAAGGAUGUAGAUGAGGGCGAAUCCGCGAGCUCUUCAACAUCUUCCCCAGUUGAGCGAUCACUUGAACACUCACAAGACAUCGAGAGGCUGAAGAAAGCAAGAGAUCUAGGCGGAGCACACUGGUUGCCUGCAGUAAAUACCGUGCUACAUGGCGAGAACAGAUCAUCAGCAAGUAAAACGUCAUCCUAUCAAGAUAUAGACAUCGAUAACGAAAGUGAUAUUUCGAACACUUCUCCUUACCUGGUGUCGCAAGAACACGUGACUGAGAUGAACUUACCUUCAAGUCGGAAGAGCAGCUCCAAUGAAAGCUAUCAGUCAGAUAAAGAUAUGGAUAUAGAUAACAAAAAUGAUGUUUCGAACAUUUCUCCUUACGUGAUGUCGCAAGAACCAGUGGCUCUAGUGAUGAACUUAUCUUCAAGUCAGAAGAGCAGCUCUAAUGAAAGCUAUCAGUCAGAUGAUGGUAUUAAUCAGCCAUUUCUAGUGACGCUAAAGGCGCUUCACUUACCGAACGAGGAGCAAGAAGAUGAAGAUGAUCGAGACUUGCUCGUUACCAUUACUGAACACUUUAUUCGAGAAAGAGGCUAUUUUGAUGGAAAGGUUACGUGCAAGUUAGAGAUAGGCAGUCUCGUUGCUGCUAAUCUAGAGAAAUCAGGAGACGGGGAAAUAGUUGUGCACUUGAAGUUUGACUAUCUGAGCAGAAAACGUAAAGAACGUUACUACAUCAUGGAGGACAGGGGGAGUGCUGAGCAAUUGAUAGAACUUCUGUUUCCUAUGAUCAUGUCUAAUGAAGAGGCUAAAAACGUCGUCAUAUCUGAGCAUUUGCAGUGCCUGAAGUGCUCGGCUUACUUCACCGAGCAAACUUCUAAACCACGUGACCAACACAUAUGCCCUGAUUGUGGAAGCAUACAAAUCAUUGAGGUUAAUCCUGUUGAGAAAUCACGUGAUCCAAUGAUUGACAACCACGAGGAGAAACUUCCCAUGGACAGAAGAACUGAUGUGACAACUGGAAACACUUGGUUGAAUGAGGCGCAAAAGAUGCCUGAACUGAUUCCUCAGAAGGAGGAUAGCCCCACAGUAUUUCCACAACCUGAUAGCUACACGUACAGCAAAGAUAACGAUAUUAAUGAAAAACAAGAUCUACUUAAAAGUGCAAAGGAAUCGACAGACACAAAAGUUUACGCCAUAAACAACACAAAAGGAUAUAAAAUAAAUGACAGUGCUAAAGUUAAAGAUUUAUCUUUGGAAAAGAAAGAUUUCAAUACUGAGCUAAAUGGAACAGACUUUCCUAAGAAAAAAGAAAAUAGAAAUUCCUAUACUAUAAACAAGACGGUAGGAUAUGUGGUUUAUGAGAAAAAGAAUGAUUACCUUGGGAAAAGUGCUUCACCUACAAGAACCAGUGCUUUAAGUAACUCACUCAAAGACUCAGAAUCGAAAUAUUUUAUGUCCAAAUCUAUGGAUACUAGUGGUACUAAAAGUGCUUUACAAAGGCGUGUAAUAGAUAGUCCUAUCUCGUUAAAAACGUCUUCUAGUAAACCCUCAACACUCGAGACUGACUCAUCUCUUCCACGCCAAGAGAUAACGCCUGAAACAAAACCUACGACUCCCAGUCAACCAAAAAUACCUCAAAGUUCACCUCCAGCACAGCCCAAUGUGUUUGUGAAUCUCUUUUCAAAGUUAAGUAACAAGAUGUCUGGGCCGCUGUUGGGUAGUAGUUUGAACAAUGGCGGACCUACUCCUAGUAUUUCGUCAUCUCUGUGUUAUGAGAUUCCCCCAGAUGAAUUCAAGGAAUGUGAUCACCGUUUGAAGCUGUAUUUUGAAGUGUCCUUGUUUACUGGAGGAGCGGGCGAGGUUUUGUCUUGUCUUAUCAAAGCGCCUGUCGUGGUUUACGGGGACACAGAAGAGACAUGCGCAGUACUAGUGAUAUCUAACAUGGCUGUAUACAUCUGUAAACUGGUCGAGACAGCUGGGUUGAGCGCUGAUGAAUGUUUGUCUCUGAUUUCAUCUCACUCGCUUGAUCAUUUACAGUACGUUGAUUUUAGUUUUGGAUGUCAGACUUUUCGAUUGGAAUUUAACGGAGAAUCGCCAGCUUGCUACACGUUCAACGUCAGGGACAAGAAUCGAUGUGAAGCUUUUCUUCACCUUCUCAUAAAAUCAGCCAAUUUACACAGGGGUAGUCAGGAACUGGAGCCCCUCAAGACAACAAGGUCCAACCCACAGACUCUUGCUCAUAUCAGGUCACAGGUGCUUGGUAUACAAGAGAAGAACCUCUGUGCUGUGGGUGAACGGUUUCUUGAGCAGUUGAAUCAUUUUACAGAACCACCUUUGAUCAAAGAUAGAAAGAGUCUUCUACGAAGUUACCCCGCCUGUUUUGUGGGGAAAGAAUUUAUCGACUGGCUGAUUCGAUACGGAGAAGUCACAACCAGACAAGAGGGUGUAGAGUUGGCGCAGGAUCUUGUCGAAGGCGGUGUGAUUGAACACGUGUCCAAAGAAAAUAGAUUCGAAGACAAGGAACAGUUCUACAGGUUCACUGCGAACGACAGCAAGGCAGAGAGGAGUGCUUCAACAGGAGAGGAUGGCAGUCCAAGAAAUAUCGAGAUGACUGCGAGUGAUAUUGAUACACAUCUGUCAGCAUUCAUAAUGGGCUACAAGAUACAAGACAUUAACAAACCACUUGGAGACUUGAAACCAGUAACUAUCAUUGUGACCCGGACCCAUAUCGCGUUAGCUGAGCAAAACCCUCAGUGGCCCUUCCCCAGGUACCUUGAAACAGCGCCUACGGUAUCUGGACCACAGUUUCAUUGUAUAGCAAAAUACAAGAUGACGGAUGUCGCAAGUUUGGAAUUCUUCUCAGACAGUCCUUGCCAUAAUGCCAUAGUGAUCUCAGAAGAGGAUGGUCCACUAGAGUGUGCAGACAGUUAUGUAUUGAUCAAAACAGAAACCAGUGACUCAUUGUCAUCCAUUGUCAAAGCUAUCAGAGAACCUUGGGAAGAACAGUUUGGAGUGGAACUACAAACAACAUUUAUCCCUUCACUUGCCAGAGAUACUAUCUAGCCCUUCUUGUUAUAAAACAACAUCGAACUAUAUUAUUUUUCCAUUCUUUAAUCAUUAUUUUUUUAUUUUUUUAUUUUUUAACAACGAAUAUAAGACAUACAUAUGAUAAUGAAGUAUGAAUGACGAGAGGUGAAAGAGAGAAAGAACUCAUAACUA